AUGCAGGAGAAUGUAUUCCUGAGUGACUUUUUCGGCUGCGUUGGCUUCCUGCCGCUCACCACCCGGAGUCAUAUCCGCGGAACGAUGAUGAGGAUGAUGGCUCACUCCGCUGCCCAAUAUCAGCCUGGUGCUCGACACGACUCCCCCGAUCAAGGCCAGUUCGGCGCCAUCUUCACCGAGGACGGUAUCACCACGGGAAAUCAACUAUCGACCGGACCCUCCGCUUGCACAUUUUGGUGUGCAGUUGGUGUGGGGGCUCUUGUGAAGGGAAGCCCUGUUGAAUCGGUCGCGAACUACUCCCGACUGGCAAGAGACGCACUGGACGCUUACACUGGUCCUGUGGAUGCCGAGGUGGCCAAGGCGUGGGCGAUCCUGGGAUACUUCUACGGUUUCAUGGGAGACACGGUGCAGUUUCUAGAGUACCUGAAGCUUUCGGGCUCCUUUUUGGUUGCAUCCAUCGAGCAAGGGUCGACUGACGUCUUGCCUGCGGGAUUCGCCGAGAUUGUCCAAUACCGGGAGGCCGUCAUGGUGUACUCUGGGAUUGUAGACGCUGCGGACAUCGACUCGCUGGCCGCCCGAAGUCAACAUUCUCCGCAGAUCAACCGAGUUGUAACCGAAGAGGACAUAUUUCCGUAUGUUGCGCAGUCGCUUACGGCGUUCGAUCGACGUGUCAUCACGAUGGCUCGCAAAAAGAGUGCGACUCGCAGACACUCGACCGAUGGCGACCCUUGCGAGGCGGACGUUAGCGGUUCUAGCCUGCACGGCAACGCCCCCAGGGCGGAAGAGGUGUCAGAGGCUAUGGUGACUGGGUUUAAAGAUGGCCUCAUCGACUUCGAACACCUUCAAGAUGCAGCCGAUCGGUCUCACGUGGCGCACGGCAUCCUGGCGGCCCUCGCAGCCAUCGACGAUUCCAGAGCUCGCGGCCUGUACAACCGGUUGCAGGAGGUCUACAAUUCGUCUCGCCCCCCUGCCUCUCUGCCAGCGCCACCUUUGCAGCAGUCGCAGAGGGUAUCUGGAUUCUGCGAUGAUGUCCAUUCCAGAGGCGGUGUCAGAUGA